AUGGCACUGAGAGCUGCCUUGAGAAACUCGGCCAAGUGCGGCUUCUCUGGUCUCCUGUCUCAGUUGUCCUCCUCUGGUAGUCAUGGCAGAGUGUACGUGUCUCCCUUCCUCCUCUCUCAGCGGAGGAACGACUCGACCUCAUCUAAGAUCAAUGUGGAUUUUGAUCGCAGCACAGGCGUAGCGGUGAUGCGUAUGCAGAGUCCUCCAGUCAACAGCAUGAGUUUAGAUUUCCUGACAGAGUUCAGCAUCAGCCUGGAGAAGCUGGAGAUGGAUAAGAGCUGCCGUGGCCUCAUCAUCACCUCGAGUCUGCCUAAGAUAUUCUCAGCAGGGCUGGACAUCAUGGAAAUGUACGGGAAGAGUCCAGAGAGCUGUGGAGUGUUCUGGAAGGCUGUUCAGGAGAUGUGGCUCAAACUGUACGGCUCCAACAUGGUCACUAUAGCAGCCAUUAACGGUUCUAGUCCUGCAGGAGGCUGUCUGAUGUCUCUGGCUUGCGACUACAGAAUCAUGGCUGAAAACCCUCGCUACAGCAUCGGCCUUAAUGAGACACAACUUGGCAUUGUAGCUCCUUUUUGGUUUAAGGACACCAUGGUGAGCACAGUGGGCCACCGGACUACAGAAGUGGCUCUGGAGCUCGGCCUGCUCUACUCCGCUCCGGAGGCCCUGAGGGUCGGACUGGUGGACCAGCUGGUGCCUGAAGACCAAGUUCUCCAGACAGCCACAGACACCAUGGCCAAGUGGCUGGCCAUUCCAGACCACGCCAGACAGAUCAGCAAAUCCAUGAUGAGGAAGCCGACCAUCGACAAGCUGAUGUCUAACAGAGAGGCCGACAUCCAAAACUUUGUCACCUUCAUCACCAAAGACUCCAUCCAGAAGUCACUACGCAUGUACCUGGAGAUGCUUAAGAAGAGAAAGAGCUAGGGGAGAGACAGGAGACACACAUACAUAUAUACAACACACACACACACACACACACACAUACAAGCAUACAGCAGAGGGACUUUAUUAAAGUGGUUGAAAAUGCAUCUUUCUUCCUUCAUUUACAUUCAGCAUUGGUGUUCAAGGGCAAACUGUUUUCCAUAAUACACUUGGUCCUGAAAGAGCGAGCUAAAGAUUUUAGUUUGAAUUAACGAGAAUUGUGUUUUUCUCACAGCUGUUGAAGAGAAAGAAUCAUUUUGUUUAUUGUCACAAAGCCUGUACAUCUUCACCAGCAGAGUGCCUAACAUUUGCGAGAAAACCGUAACAGUCAGUGACAGUAACCUCAAGUCUAUCUCAGUAGCCUAAAGGGCUACAUUCUUUAUGAUCUCUCCAACUGAUGUCUUUUGUUUUCCUUUUGCUUUGCUUUGUUGUGGUAAUAAUUUGUAGGGGUCAGUUUAUGCAGAGAUUAGUUAAAUAAACACUAAUUCAUAUCAUGGCCCGUAGAUAAUCUGAGAUUAAAAGAUGAAGCAACUUUAGACUGCUGAGGUUUUCUACUCUGCCUCAAGCCAGCCUCAGAGAGAGAAGCAGGUGCUGUUGCCACCUUUAUAAUGGACAGGAUAAUGAGUUACAUCUAACCAAUGACAGCUGUCCUCCUGACUGUGAAAGGCCUCAGUUCAUGACUUACAUGUAACAUUCAGGAAGUGUCUUGGAGUAGAAAUACUGAUUUUGGGAUCAAUGAUGAGAUUGAUCUUAUCUAUUUGCUGUAGUAUGGUGUCAGCAUUGCUGUUGUAAAAUGAUUUUUGAAACCUCAUUUUAUUCUGUGCCAUUUAAAGUACAUUUUUCACUUCAGCCACAAGUUUUCAGUUCAGUCAUGUUGCUUGAGGACAUGAUCAGCGGUGCUGUGUAAAUGUCAUGCACUGUGGUUUGCAGACAUUGUCACUGUCUCUGUAUUUUUUGCAUAUAAACAUCUGUGAACAGCA